AUGGACGAACGACUGCAGCUAGUUGCUUCCACAGCUCUCUUGUCACUAUUCACCUCUGGUGUUGUAACCACGCCAAUUGCCUCUAAAUCACUCCUUAUCAAAGUCAUAACAUGUAAACACUCUUUAGUGGACUUUCCCCGUUUCCGCCUUACAGACUUGGCCAAAUUCGAAGCAACUCUUGAGAGCUUGGCACACAAUUGGCCUGGUCCAGGGGACCCAGUUUCUCUCCGCCUUGUGCGCGAAGACGGACAUCUUCUAGUAAUGGAUGUUAUUCUACCCAGUGGUGUAUCCACUACUGCUCGUGGACUGGACUUUAACCCAAAGAAUCCACGAAAGCGCAAGAGAAUCAUCGAUGAGGAAGCCGACUCGGCUGCUGGGAGUGAGCCGGAGGAAGAGGAAGAUGAGGAAGAGGAUAUUGGAAGGUAUAAACAGAGCGGAUUAGCUGGAUUCAGUAAACAGCAACGAGAGGUUUAUAAACUCGUCCAGCAACCCACUGCGAAAGGAAGACUACUUGCUGAAGAGUUUGCUUCAGACCAUGCAUUCGAACCAAUAUGUACACAUGUCACCAAAAUCGAGUGUGCCAAAUCUCGUGCUGGUUCUAUUUGUGACCGGGUUCACUUUCGUCCUCUUCUCCGACCUCAUACAGACCCUAGCCUUGGGCACUGCUCAUAUCUCAACACAUGUUAUUCUGAACCAACAUAUGCUCAGUCGCCAUCUAUCCCGCCGUUUCCUUCUACAACUCAUUCCACGACUCCGUAUGGCGCUUCGCUCCCUCCCGGUGCACGUGGACCAACGUCUCUUCCUUCUGGAUUAGGCGCAGGUGGAAGAGGGAAAGAAAAGGCGCCAUGUAGAUAUCUCCACUACGAAAUUGAUUGGGAUGGCGGCGACGGAGAUAAUGUACAGCAGGCUUCAAGAAUGAUAAAAAGACCACAGCAUAAGUUGGGUAUUGGGCUUGGUCCUACUGGCAAACGUACUCCUAUGCUUCCACCGCAAUGGAUCAACUGCGACUUACGAAGGUUCGACUAUUCUGUGCUAGGCAAAUUCCAUGUUAUCAUGGCCGAUCCGCCUUGGGAUAUACAUAUGAGUCUUCCGUACGGUACCCUCACCGACGACGAAAUGCGUGCUAUGCCCAUACCUACCCUUCAAGACGAAGGGUUCCUUUUCCUCUGGGUCACUGGACGAGCAAUGGAAGUCGGUCGCGAGUGUCUCCGCGUAUGGGGCUACACCCGUAUAGACGAAGUCAUCUGGCUCAAAACAAAUCAACUUCAGCGCGUCAUACGUACCGGACGCACAGGUCAUUGGCUUAACCAUACCAAGGAGCAUAUGCUCGUAGGGGUCAAGACGCAGUACCGGAUCAACCCUCAGACGGGGGAGAAUGAGCCUAUUGAUCCACCCGUAUUGCCCAAGUGGGCCAAUAAAGGGCUUGAUGUAGAUGUUAUAGUAAGCGAGGUAAGAGAGACGAGUCGGAAGCCGGAGGAGGUAUAUGGAUUGAUUGAAAGGAUGUGUCCUGGCGGACGGAAAGUGGAAAUUUUCGGGAGGAGACAUAAUGUUCGACCAGGGUGGCUCACUCUAGGUAACCAACUCGGACCAGAUCAGAUCCACGAAGAGGAAUUGGCGAAGAGGAUAAAAGCUAAGUGA